GAUUCAAGUCUUUACAGGCACCUAUUAGGUCGUUAGAGCCGUGCUUCUCUAUAAAAUUACCUGUUUGGUAAAACGAUUACAUUAUGAAUAGUUAGCAGCUUAGUGCUGAUUCGAAUAUCAUCUUCCCCGCACGUCGGGAGGAUAUCAAGGUCACGAUGUCGCAUGAGGCAACGGCGUUUGUUGCGAGUUGUGUCAAUCACCUAACAAACACCGUGAACCAACAGGGAGUUUACCCCUGACUACUCGUUUUACGUCUUCAUAACAUAUGUUGGUGUCUAGUAUAGUAGGAUUGAUUCCAAGUCUAGACCUCUAGACCAAGCCUCAUGGCGACGAAUCCCCAAACGUGGCUUAUCACCGGCUGUUCCAGCGGCUUCGGCGAGCUAUUCGUUCGCCAGCUUCGCGCCUUAGGAGACAAUGUCAUUGCAACCGGCCGUAACGCUCCAUCCAAGCUCGCUCAUUUAGUUGAUACUGGCGCCAGUAUUCUCGAUCUUGAUGUUACCGCACCUGUCCUCGAAAUUGAGGCCAAGAUGGCUGAGGCUUGGAACAUCUACCCGGGUGGUAUAGAUGUCGUCGUGAACAAUGCUGGGUAUAUCCUUAGCGGUGCAGUUGAGGAACUCACUGCCCAGGAGCUCAAAGAUAUCUUUGACACCAACUUCCAUGGACCCCUCAAUAUCACCAGAGCUCUGCUCCCGAAACUCCGAGCUAAGAACAAAGGAACCCUUUUAUACCUCAGCUCCCAAGCAGGUUGGCACGCUGACCCUGGCGCGGCCGGCUACUGUGGCAGUAAAUUUGCACUCGAAGGUGCUGUCGAGUGUCUAUCAAAAGAGCUAGCCAUGUUUGCGCCUAACCUGAAGGUUCUGAUCAUAGAACCAGGCUACUUUCGUACACGAGCUUUCGCCAAAAUCAACCACGUACCUCCACGCGUACCUGAUUAUGCUCAAUUCAACACAGCUGUUCGCGCGGUCGAGGCUGGCGUAGUGGGUAAUGAGCCUGGUGAUGCCGAAAAAGCCGUUUCGAUCAUGAUUGAUUUGGUGAAGGGAACCGGUGUAGCUGAAGGAAAGGACAUACCUUUACGAAUCCCUUUAGGAAGCGAUGGGUGGGGAAGAAUAAGGGCGAAGUGUGAGGACAUGAUUAAGAUAUGUGACGAAUGGGAAGAGGUAGCCAAGAGCGCUGAUAUUUCUGAGCAAAAGUGAUACUGUAGUUUGACAACCCGAUAUGCGGAAAGCUUGAGGGCCCUUCGGAUCGAAGUUCAUAUCAUGUCUCUGAUUAUUAGUAGGUACCUACCUAUCUAUCC